AUGAAGCCCUUUGAGUUGACCCCUACAUCAGAAUCUCAGUGUAAAAAAUCUGUUCUGUUGAGCUCUGGACCACCUUUUCAAGGUAGGAAAUCAUCUAACUUAGUGGGAGGGGCAAAGUUUCAAGAGAUCCCAUUUUUGAAGAACCAACUUGGGUCAGGGCAGCAAACCACACAACCCAUGUUUGCUUCAAGGCCUCAGUCAACUGGUGUGAAAUCUGUGGGAGUUUUACCAGCACCACUUGGUGAAGAUAGAAUGUCUUCAGAGAUGAGCAAAAGGCCAUUGCUUUGUACAAAUCCUGUGAAACUGACCCCUGGCUGUGGUCUGCAGGAUUUGAGAAGUAAGGAAUUUUCACCAGAACCUUGUUUUCAAAACAUUAAAUCUGUUCCAUUGAAGUUAGGGUCACAGUCUCAAAGUGUGACCUCAGAAUUCACACUAGCCCACAGUUCUCAAUGUGCUAAGUCUUCCUUUGCACCAAAGCCAUGUUUUCAAGAUACAAAAUCUACGCUGCUAAGGCUAGGAUCCGAACAGCAAGGUAUGAAUUUCCAACAGUUUCCUUUAGAUAAACCAAUGGUAUUAACGCCAGAAUCCACCAGGAAGUUCUCAGCAGGACCAGCGCUGACUAGUGUCAAAUUUUCAAAUUUGAUUCCUGAAUCACAACAAUGUACAUCAGAGCAGAAGUGGCAAAGUGUAAAACAUGUGAAAUUGUCAUCAGUGUCUCUCCCACAAGCUGGAAACUCUGUGAGGUUAUCACCAAGGCCAUUCCCUCAAGAUGUGACAUCUGGGAACCAAAUCCCCCAAACAAGUAAUCAAAUCACAGAAUCCCCUAAAGUGACAUAUAGACCAGGGCAACAGGUGGUAGAGUAUACAGAGAUAAGCACGAAGAUAAGGCACCAAGUCCCUAAGUUGGUGAAUUAUCAAUAUAUGGGAUCUUCAGAAAUGACAAAAGGGUUGGGACAUGAAAGCACAGAAACUAUAAAGAAAUCUAUGAGGUUGGCCCCCAAACCAACAGAUAAAGUCACAGAAUCAUUAGGGAUGCCUCAGCAGCCAGAUGCUCCUGUACCAGCAUUUGCUAAUCUGACUUCAACACCAAGCGAUCAAGAUUCAAACUCAGAAUUGACCCCACAGAAAAGCUACCCAAUCCCAGAAACUCUGGAGUUGCUGUCUUGUUCGUGGCCUCAAUUUAAAGACUUCAAGGAGUUACAGACAAAACAAGGAUCUGAUAGAAUGACCGUUGACUUCAAGAAUUGUAUUGCAGAAAUGAUGAAGCUAACUUGUGAGGCAAGACACCAAGGGAAAGAAUUUCUUAGAGUGACUUCAAAGCCAGUAAAUAGAGAGACUGAAUGUACAGAAAAAUCUCCAAGGCCAUGUCCUCAAGACUUAGGACCUGUGGUGGUGAGCUCUGAGAGAAGAUCCCAAAGGGAGCCAUCUGUCUUGCAUCCACCACGGCAGUCAAGGAAGGAAGCAGGUAGGCUAACAAAGCCCCAGCAUGCAAACAUGGAAAAUGCAAGCAAAAUGCCAAUAGAAUCACUGGAUCAAGUUAUAAACUUUGUAAGGAUCAGUCCAAAGUCACUAGAUAUAGUGACAGAAUCUACAAAGACACAGCUUCAAGGUCCUCUAUCAGUGGCUCUCCCCAAAGAAUCUGUGAAUGUGAUCCCUGGAUCACCACUUCAAGUUAUAAAGUCUGUGAUGUUACCGGAGACUAUCUCUCAAGUGUCAAAAUGUGCUGAUUCUACUCCCAAACUGCAUGAUGUGAUAUUUUCAGAAUUUACUUCAAGAUUUUGGCUACAAACUGUGGAAUCUGAGAAAUUAGUUGCAGAGCCAACACAUCAAAUUUUAGAAACAAUAGACUUGUUGGGCUUUCAAGUUAUAAAGACUAUAUUGGUCCCCAAGCCACUGCUUCUGAUGGUAAAAUCUGAAAAGCUGGCACCAGGACCAAGUCCACAGGCUAUAGAGCCAAUAGGAGUUGCCACAAGAUCAAGCAUUAAAGUAAAAGACUGUUUACUCCCAAGACCACAUCUUCAAGACAUGGGAAAACCUAUGGAACGAACUCCAAGGGCAAAUAUUCAAGGGAAGUCUGCAGAAUUAAUCUUACAGCAAACAUCUCCACUUGAGGAACCUCCAGUAUUAACUCGCAAGCAAAGAGUUCAGGCUGAAAAUUUUCUAGGGAUUAAAACAGAAUCUCCAAAAGAUAUGGAAACUGAGGAUUUGAAUCAAGGACAGGUGUCACAGGAUAGAGACUCAAAAACGAUAAAAUCAGAAAAACUGCAAGCAGAAAAUUACUUCUCCAGGUUUAUACACAGUCCUUCAAUCCCAUUUAUUUCAAGCUCUGUCAAAACAACCGAAUUAUCACCCCUUCAGGGUUCUGGAAUGCCAGAAGUAUCAAGAGCCUUGACUAUGAAGAACUUUGGUGUUGGUAUUUUGCAGUCCCCAGAGUCAUACACAGACACUAUUAUGAUACAAUCAUCAGCUCUUCCUUUGGUCUUUCCCUCUGGCAAGACAGGGAAUGCUGUGGGAACCCUAUAUCCUGAGAUUUGGGAAAUGGAUGUCAUAUCUACUAAGGAAGGAGCUAAAAAGAAGCAAAUGGAGGAAUUUGGGGAUUCACUCCAAAGCUAUUCUCCGUAUCCACUGAGAUUACUACCCUCAGAGUUUCAGGCAGGAUUAGGAGCUCGAAGGAACUCUAUCCGUUCUUUCCUGGGCAGACAACAGAAUGUCUGGGAAAGUCAUGUCUGUAGGCAGCGACUGCCUAGGAAAUAUCUCUCCAAUAUGCUAAUGCUGGGGAAUGUUCUGGGGACCACUAUGGAAAGGAAGCUUUGUUCUCAACCAUUUUUAACAGAAGGAACCACUAUGGAUAUCUGUCGAUCUAUUCAGAAUUUAUUUGGGGUUCCAGCUGAACUGAUGGAAUUUUCCCAGAGCCUAGUAGAGAGGGGUCCAAGGACAAUUUCUCAGACUUCAGUGUUCAAAAACUAUAUUCAGAGACAUAUUUUAUGUCAUGGUAAUGAGAAAAGGAUGCCCUUAAAGAUGUGGACCCGUGGAUCCACAUCUUCUAUAAUACAGCAAUAUUCUGGUACUAGAUUGGGAAUAAAGAAAACAAAUUCAAAACUCAGUGACAUAUUCCAGGAAGCCACUCAGCAAGUACCUGUCUCAUGUCCGGGGGCCCAGUUUCCUGCCUUAGCAAAGUCAGAGUCUCCUCUCGGGAUACUUUACAAUAGGGAUGAUCCUGUUUCCAGGGAGCAGAGUAAGAACUCACAGGUUGAUUCACCAACAAGGACUUUUGAGUCUCACCACUCUCUCAAGGCAAGUUAUCUUUCCCAGACCAAGACCGACAUCUCAGAACAGCUCCACCUGCUAAAAGACCUACAGCUAAAAAUAGCAGCAAAACUCUUAAGGAGUCAAAUACCCCACAAUGUCCCCCCACCUCUAGCAUCAGGUCUUGUCCUGAAAUAUCCAAUCUGCUUGCAGUGUGGCCGGUGUUCAGGAUUUAAUUGCUGUCAUAAGUUACAGUCUGCUUUCGGGCCCUAUCUUCUCAUCUACCCGCAGAUCCACCUUUUAAGCACCCCUGAAGGCCACGGAGAGAUUCGGUUACACCUCGGUUUCAGACUGCGAACUGGGAAAAGACCCCACGUAUCAAAGUAUCGUGGAAGAAACAGAGCGGAUACGUGGAAGAGUACUGCCCCACCAUCACGAAGGAAAGCUAAAGUCUAUACUCCAGCUUCCAAGAGUCCAACUUCUCCAAGAGAUUUCCAGUCCAGAUAUUCCCAGUCCCUGGAUUCUGGAGAAGUUCAUGUGAGACAAAGGCAAUGGAGCAGCCAUGGCGGGGUGGGAAAGGCAGAAGCCAAAGACUCGGGACACUACGAAUUCUGUCAGGUCCACUCCUUAUCAGAGAGUGGCUUUGAAAGUAACCAAGAUGAAAACUGGGCUAAAUCAAGCCUCAGAAAGACCUCUGACUUAAAAUACCCAGCGAAGAAAACCACCCAGGAACUUAAAACACAAAACACAAAGUUCUACAAAAACAGAACCAUAGAGGAGAGUCCUUCGGCAACGCUGACGGAUCCAUCAAGAAAGAGUAUUGACACUGCUCAAACAAGCACUGUUUCUUCCAAGAGACAGCCUAAGAAAUCCUCCCAGCCCAAGUUCAUCCAGCUACUUUUUCAGGGCCUGAGGCAGGCCUUCCAAACAGCACACAGAAUGUUGGCUGUUACUGGACGGAAGCCUGAGGAGGGGUCCAGUACAGACAAUUUGUGGUCAAGCAAAAACCUGCACCCCAAACAAAAAGCCAGCGAUUAUUGUUUAACAGAAGAGGACAAAGGAGCCAGCACACAGGUUGUCCAGUCAAGGUCAACAGGUUUGACCCCUAAGCAAGAGGACAGAUUGCAGGAAACUCAUGCCCAAUGUAGACAAGCUCAACAGCCAAAACAAGUGUGCGCUCCCCAACUCAGACUUUUGCAAUUGCCGAAGACCAUGGUCCCGCAAAGAAAUCUCAUUAUCCAAGCUACUUCAGUCAUAGAGCCUUUGAGUGUAGUUAAAAAUGUCAAAGGCAAAGGAAAGAACUACAAAGCUGAAAUCUGCGCUCUGGAGUCUAAUAUAGAGGCCAAAUUUCAGACUGAGGAGAUUCCUGCACCUGACGCCCCUUUGAAGAGCGCCCAUCAGAGUCACUUUAAAGAGACACACACGCUGAAGGAAGAACAACACGGCUUCUUUGGGGAGAGGGCCCUACCUAAGAAGCCUUCUGAAAGGACCUAUCUCAGCCUCCCGGGGAGAACUCAUCACCGAAGUCUCUCUGAGAGGAGACAUCGCAGUCCCUCCCUGAGAAAGCACAGCAAUCCCUCUGACAGAACCCUUAGAAGUCUCUCCGAGAGGAGUCAUCGCAGUCCCUCCCAGAGAAAAGAUCGCAGUCCCUUUGUAAGAACCCCUCAAAGUUUCUCUGACAGGAGCCAUCACAAUUUCUUUAAGGGGAGAGCUCGCAGCCCCUCAAGGAGGAGCCGACCCAAUCUUUCUGCGAGAAGGCCUCGCAGUCUCUCGGGGAGGAGCUCUCGAAGUCAUCGAGAGAGAAGACACACUCCCUCCCCAAAGGGUCGACUCAGUCUUUCUGGGAGGAGCCAACACAGCCCCUCCUCUCUGAGAUGCCGCAGUCCCUCCUGGAGGAGGCAGUUCAGUCCCACCCGGAGGACCCGGGGCAGUCCUUCGGAAAGGAGCCAAAGGAGCCACGGUAGUGUCUCCGAGAGAAGCCCUUCCAGCCCCUUUGGUAGGAAAAGACACAGCUCUUCCUCCAGCCCCUUUGGUAGGAGAAGGCACAGCUCUUCUGGAAGAGUCUACCACAGUCACUCCAAGCCCAGGCCCCACAGGCCGCCUUCCAGACGCCGCCACCGCAGCCAUUCCGGGAGAACUCAGUACAGUCCCUCCGAGAGCAGACACAGUCACCACUCCGAGGGGAGCCAGCGCGGCCGCAGCGACUGCAGACCCCGUCACAGUCCCAGGGACAGGCUCAAGCACAGUUCCCAGGAGACGCCCACAGUUGGCGUGUCUCAAGAGUUCAAGACUUAUCUAAGUAUGUCUUCUAGGGACCGCACCAAAAACCUCAAAAGCUGGACCAGCCUGGGGGCUCGCAGUUAGGAGAGAAGGAGAGGCCUGCCCCUACUAAUGCUGCGUCUUACAAAUCUUCGCCUAGCUGCCCCCCCUUCCUGUGCUCGGCCACUGCCUGCGCCCUCAGCAACCAAAGAGCCGUCUGGGAGGGGCGUGACACCGGGCCUGUCAUUUAAAGAUCAAUAAAGGGGCAAUCAUUGAA